AUGUGGUGGAGGAGGAAGCGAAAACUGUUGGGAAUGGCCUCCAGCUGGUGUCUGUGCUGUCGGUGCCAGAGCUCUUCAUCUCCACCUCAGAGAGUCUUAACAGGUCAGACACUUCGCAUGGUGAUGAUUGGAAAAACAGGAGUGGGAAAAAGCGCUGUGGGAAACACCAUCCUUGGCAGAGAGGUUUUUGAAUCAAAGCCUUCUGCAAACUCCAUCACCGAAACAUGCCAUAAAGCAUCAGUUUAUGAUACAAGAGAAAUUCAAGUGAUCGACACUCCAGGAAUCUUGGAUACCAGCAAAACCAAAGACCACAUCAAAAGAGAAAUUGUGAGAUGUAUUACGGUUUCAGCACCAGGUCCUCACGUCUUCCUGCUGGUGAUACAGAUCGGCCGUUUCACCAGUGAAGAGCAAAGAUCUGUCCAAGCCCUGCAAGAGCUGUUCGGAGAAGAAGCUUCUAACUACAUGAUCGUACUCUUCACUCAUGGGGAUUUACUCAAAGGUCAAACUAUAGAUGAGUACGUAAAGGAAGGCCACAUCGAGCUCCGCAGAGUCAUCCAGAGUUGUGGUGGUCGAUAUGCGGUGUUCAAUAACAAUAGUAUGAGGGAUCGCGCUCAAGUCAAGACAUUAAUUGAUAAGAUCGAUCAAAUGGUGGCAGUAAAUGGAGGAGAAUGCUACACUCAAGAAAUGUUUCGAGAAGCAGAAGAAAAGAUCAGGCAACAGAAAGAGGAGAGAGCGAUUGCAGAGCUUCAGGAAUAUCAGUUUAGCUUUCUCGAGAUUCUUGAAAACAGAGUCACUUUGUUCCAAAGGAUUUUAUUGGAAGGCUAUUGUGAAUCUUUUGCUAUUGAGAGUGGAUCUAACAAAUGAACUAAAGACAUGUAUCAAACACACCUGCGGCCUCGUUUAUAAAAUGUUCAUUUUGAAAGAUCAUUUGGCAAAAGGGCAAUUCAAGAAAACUAGGGAUGUCCCAAUCAGAAUUUUUUUUGCCCUCAAGUCCGAGUCGGAGUCAUUAGAUUUAGAGUAUCUAUCGAAACCCAAUCGGAUACUUCUAUAAUACAUGAAAAGAAUAAAGAAGAGCGAUGGAACAGAUCCAGGAUGAUCCUUAUUUUUUAUUUAAUUCACCUUAUUUUAGCAUUCAAGACCUGUUAUCAAACAGAGCACUACUGUGAGGUAGCUUGAACAAUCAAGUAAUAAAUAACAGAAAUUCUUCACAUUUGGACUCAUAUAAUAUAAAAAACAUCUAAUAUAAAAAUAAAAACAGCAACUCAACUUAAAAUACCUGGCAGGCAAUCCCAAGUUUACAUAUCUCACAGCUUGCUAUGACAAUGUUGUCGUCAUUAACUUUAUAGUAGCUCCAGACCGCAGACAUACUCCACGUUUCCGCUUCAAGCAGCUCCUGUGUUCUACUUUGCCGGCAUUUAACCAAUUGCGUCUCUGCAACAAAGUGAUGUCAUGCUGCACACUUUGCUGUUUCUGUGUGAAGUCAAGAAAGAGGGUCUAACUCUGUGCCGCCACGUAACUAUAGAUGUGUUAAAAAAUAAUGAGAAUAUAUAAUAUAUACAUAUAUUUUGGAGUCCUGAUCUGGAGGUAACAUCCGAUUCUGAUGGAGUCUGAAACAAUGUGAUCAGGCCUGAACGUAUUUGUAGACAAAACUCAUCCAUACGCCUUUUGUCUGAGGACAUUUUUACCAUCUUCAUUUAAAAAAAAGCCUCAAAAUGCACGUUCAAGGGCAUGUCAAGCCAACAAUCAGUGAUUUAAAAGCCUUUUAUGCUGGGUUCACGCCAAAAGCAGUAUUAAGCAUUCUCGUGAGUGUGUAACAUGCAAUGGCUAUAUAAACGCUUUUUUUGUUUGUAAACGCAAACCUAUUUAGUUUGCACGACUAUGAGUCACUGGAGUUCCUGAAAAUCUCCACCUGUUUUCAGGAAGCUUUGGUUUCAGUCGCCUGAUACUUGCGUUUUCAUGUGGACGAAGGUCAAGCCAGUGUUAAAAUAAACACUACCUGUGUUCUUGUAGACGGGGCCCAAAUGAUCUUGAAAUUGUGCACAGAUGAACUGCUGUCAGAUCUCCACUUUGUAAACGUCCCCUAAUUAUCUGAUUAAUAAAUAUCUGCUUUCUAUGCUUGAGAAUGACGAGCAUGUAAGAAUGGGUUUUUAACUACAACGGUUCGAACUGUAGUUUUGCCGAGUGACUAAAGUAUCAGUAUGAUGGUGAAAAUCUGUACAUUUCUAGUCAAACCAUCCUUCUGCAAUCUUAUACCAAAAACGGAACUAAGAACAGUAUUAAUAGCUAAAAA